AUGGUACUCUCUCCCGCUCUCUCCCUGUGGUACUCUCCCUCCCCCGCUCUCGCCGUCGCGCCACUGUGGUACUCCCUCCCACUAGAACCCUUGCCAUUUGCACUCACAGUUUUUCUGGAAUUCCGAUUUAGAUCUCUUCCGAUGUCACGAGGCACUCGAAUUGGAGAUGUCUACUGUGUGGGAAGUGGACCUGAGGAGGAGGAUGAUCAUGAUUGUCUUCCCAUCAAGUUCUCCUUUUCGGAAGGGUUCUCUACUGGCUCAGGCCGUAUACUCAGUCUCAACAAUAGACUGCUGAAGUUUUAUGGGGACAUUGGAUUUUAUCACAAUGAAGAAUUAGCUGCCAUAAUUGCCUCGGAAAAAAAACACCAUUUUGCAAGGCAAGCAAGGUUGGCAGUUGAUUGA